AUGUCGGACGCGGAUUUUGAGCAGAUCAAGAAGCUGCAGCAGGAACGCAACGCUGCAGCAGCCGCGAAAAAAGGAUCCCGGACGUUCGACCCGGCUACCCAACGCGCCGACACCAAAGUCAAGCUCAAUGAAGCCUUCGACACCGACCUUUACGAUCGCGAAAAUGGCGUCGACAAGUAUGCGGGCUAUCACCGCUCACUGCCCGCCGUUGAUGGCGAUGAUGAGGAGAUGGAGGACGCUGGAACCAAUGGUCGCAGCCUAGUUGGCCAGUAUACGGCCACACGUGCCCAGAUCGAUGAAUUCGCGCGUGGCUCUGGCGUCGAGGAGGAGGAUAUUCUAGCCGGACGCGGAGAGAAGAGCAACCGCAUCACUGACCGAGAGACCGACUAUCAGAAACGCCGCUUCGAUCGCGUCCUCACCCCGACCCGUGCGGAUCCCUUCGCUGCCGGCGCCGAAGGCUCCAGCUACCGCGAUGUCAUGGAAGAGCGCGAGAUCGAACGAGAGGAGGAGAGGGUCCGACGAGCCAUCGAAGCCAAGAACAAGGACUCGAUUGCCAACGGUGAUGUGCCCGAGCACCAGCCGACGCUCAAGGACACGGAGAAGAAGGAUGACAGCAAGGACAACUCUGAAGAUGCUUCUGCUGGUCGCAAACGCAAGAAGAGGUGGGAUGUCGCGACAACAGACGAUGCAGCUGCGACAGCACCGACACCCACCGAUGCGAAGCCGAAGCGUUCGAGGUGGGAUCAAGCACCUGCUCUGGAGGUACCUGGUACUGAGCCGACCAAGAAGAGGUCGCGAUGGGAUCAGGCACCAUCAGCAACUCCAGUAGGAGCACAGGGUCUAGCCACUCCGAUGCACACGUCGCAGACCGCUCCAAUAGCAGUCCCGGUAGGCUUCGGUACCGAGGUUCACCGCAACAUGGCUCUGAGCGACGAGGAGCUUGAUGCGAUGCUGCCGGGCCCGGAGGAGGGUUACAAGGUUCUCGAACCCCCGCCUGGGUAUGAACCCGUGCGGGCGCCUGCGCACAAGCUCAUGCAGACUCCAGCGCCCGCCACAGGAUUUGUGAUGCAGGACCCCAACAGUGGUCGCAUCACCAACCAACAAAUGCCAAAGGAAAUCCCUGGAGUUGGAGACUUGCAGUUUUUCAAGCCAGAAGACAUGGCAUAUUUUGGCAAGCUCACAGAUGGGACAAACGAGGAUCAGUUGUCCGUUGAGGAGUUGAAGGAGCGGAAAAUAAUGAGGCUGCUCCUCAAGGUCAAGAACGGCACCCCUCCGAUGCGAAAGACGGCGCUGAGGCAGCUCACUGACAACGCACGCAAUUUUGGGGCCGGCCCUCUAUUUAACCAGAUCCUCCCACUCUUGAUGGAGAAGACUCUCGAGGACCAAGAGCGACAUCUGUUGGUCAAGGUUAUCGACCGUAUUUUAUACAAACUGGACGACAUGGUAAGACCAUAUGUUCACAAGAUCCUUGUGGUCAUUGAGCCUCUUCUCAUUGACCAAGACUACUACGCUCGAGUCGAAGGUCGCGAAAUUAUUUCCAACCUUGCCAAAGCUGCUGGCCUUGCCACCAUGAUCAGUACCAUGAGACCGGAUAUCGAUCACGUCGACGAGUACGUGCGAAACACCACAGCCCGAGCUUUCGCCGUCGUAGCGUCAGCACUAGGUAUUCCUGCCCUACUUCCUUUCCUCCAGGCCGUUUGCCGAAGCAAGAAGUCAUGGCAGGCUCGUCACACGGGUGUCAAGAUCGUGCAGCAGAUCCCUAUUCUCAUGGGAUGUGCCGUUCUGCCCCAUCUCAAGCGUCUGGUAGACUGCAUCGGACCCAACCUCAAUGACGAGCAGACUAAGGUGCGCACUGUGACCAGUUUGGCUAUUGCUGCUCUGGCAGAAGCAGCCAACCCUUACGGUAUCGAGAGUUUCGAUGACAUCCUGAAUCCUCUCUGGACAGGUGCACGAAAGCAAAGAGGUAAGGGUUUGGCCGGCUUCCUCAAGGCCGUAGGCUAUAUUAUCCCUCUGAUGGAUGAGGAGUAUGCAAACUACUACACAAGCCAGAUCAUGGAAAUAUUGUUGCGAGAAUUCUCGUCACCGGAUGAGGAAAUGAAGAAGGUUGUGCUCAAGGUGGUGUCUCAAUGUGCCGGAACAGAGGGUGUCACGGCCGGUUACCUCAAGGAACACGUCUUGGAUGAGUUUUUCAAGAGUUUCUGGGUCCGGCGUAUGGCUCUCGACAAGCGCAACUAUCGACAAGUAGUGGAGACCACGGUCGAUAUUGGACAAAAGGUCGGAGCAGGAGAGAUCCUGGAGAGGAUCGUCAUCAAUCUCAAGGAUGAGAGCGAGCCGUACAGGAAGAUGACGGUGGAGACAGUAGAGAAGAUUGUUGCCAGUCUGGGCGCAGCCGAUGUGGGCGAGCGUCUGGAAGAGCGACUCAUCGAUGGUAUCCUGCAUGCGUUCCAGGAGCAGAGCGUUGAGGACGUCAUUAUGCUCAACGGCUUCGGAUCCGUGGUCAACGCACUCGGUACCCGAUGCAAGCCAUACCUACCCCAGAUUGUCAGCACCAUUCUCUGGAGGCUAAACAACAAGUCGGCAACAGUACGACAGCAAGCAGCAGACUUGAUCUCGCGAAUCGCCAUGGUAAUGAAGCAAUGCGGCGAGGAUGCACUGAUGGGCAAGCUUGGCGUCGUGCUGUAUGAGUAUCUGGGUGAGGAGUACCCCGAGGUGCUUGGUUCGAUCCUGGGAGCCCUGCGGUCGAUUGUUACAGUUGUCGGUAUCAGCCAGAUGCAGCCUCCCAUCAAGGAUCUGCUGCCACGGUUGACGCCAAUUCUGAGGAACAGGCACGAGAAGGUGCAAGAGAACACGAUCGACUUGGUAGGACGCAUUGCGGACCGUGGGCCCGAGUCGGUCAACGCACGCGAAUGGAUGAGAAUCUGCUUCGAGUUGCUCGAUAUGCUCAAGGCACACAAGAAGGGCAUCCGAAGAGCAGCCAACAACACAUUUGGUUUCAUUGCCAAGGCCAUUGGCCCACAGGACGUGUUGGCGACGCUGCUCAACAACCUGCGCGUUCAGGAGCGUCAGAGUCGUGUCAACACGGCCGUCGCCAUCGGUAUCAUUGCCGAGACCUGUGCACCGUUCACGGUGCUGCCGGCACUGAUGAACGAGUAUCGUGUACCGGAGCUGAACGUGCAGAAUGGUGUGCUCAAGUCACUGAGUUUCAUGUUUGAGUACAUUGGCGAAAUGGCCAAGGACUACGUCUAUGCCGUCACGCCACUACUUGAAGACGCGCUUAUUGACCGCGACCAAGUGCACAGGCAGACAGCGGCAUCGGUCGUCAAGCAUAUUGCACUUGGUGUAGUUGGUCUUGGUUGCGAGGACGCCAUGGUUCACCUACUCAACCUUCUGUACCCGAACCUGUUUGAGACGAGCCCGCACGUUAUCGACCGUAUCAUUGAGGCUAUCGAAGCCGUACGCAUGGCCGUCGGGCCGGGAUUGGUGCUUAACUACGUGUGGGCAGGUCUGUUCCACCCUGCGCGCAAGGUCCGCACACCAUACUGGCGGCUCUACAACGACGCGUAUGUUCAGGGUGCCGACGCCAUGGUCCCUUAUUAUCCCACACUGGAGGAGGAUGGGCAUGACAGGGCGGAGCUGGCAAUCAUGCUGUAA